UAUUCCUACUGCUCCCUCAUUAAUGCCGCUCAUCCUCUUCCCUUCCCUUCCCCCUUCCCCCAUCUUUCUUUAAUUCUCUUGUGACCCCAACUUUUUAAUAAUAAUCCUUUGCAGAAAUGGGUCGCGUCAAUCCCCUUAUUGCAUUCUCCCUUCUCCUCUCCCUCGUCUGCUUCUUCCCUUCCCCCACUCUCGCCCAACUCCGACAAAACUUCUACGCCAACAUCUGCCCAAAUGUCGAAAACAUAGUCCGCGCCGAAGUUAACAAGAAAUUUCAGCAAACUUUCGUCACUGUUCCCGCCACACUCCGCCUCUUCUUCCACGAUUGCUUUGUUCAGGGAUGUGAUGCAUCCGUCAUUGUCGCUUCCACCGCAUCCAACAAGGCCGAGAAGGACCAUCCCGAUAACCUCUCCUUGGCCGGAGAUGGAUUCGACACCGUCAUCAAGGCUAAGGCCGCCCUCGACGCCGUCCCUCAAUGCCGAAACAGAGUCUCCUGCGCCGAUAUUCUCGCUCUCGCUACCCGUGACGUCAUCGCACUGUCCGGCGGGCCGUCGUACGCGGUGGAGCUGGGAAGAUUAGACGGCCUUGUUUCGAGGGCGUCCGACGUGGAGGGGAAACUCCCGGCUCCGACCUUUAAUCUCAAUCAGCUCAAUUCUCUGUUUGCCGCGAAUGGUCUUACGCAGCAGGACAUGAUCGCUCUCUCAGCGGCUCACACCGUUGGAUUCUCCCACUGCGGGAAGUUCGCGAACCGAAUUUACAGCUUUGCCCCCGGGAAUCCAGUGGACCCCUCACUGAACAGAACGUAUGCAACCCAGCUACAGCAGAUGUGCCCUAAGAACGUGGACCCCAGAGUGGCCAUCAACAUGGACCCCAUCACGCCCAGAAGAUUUGACAACAUAUACUUUAGGAACCUCCAGCAGGGAAUGGGCCUGUUCACGUCGGACCAGGUUCUCUUCACCGACGGCAGGUCCAGGCCCACAGUCGACGACUGGGCCCGCAACUCCAACGCCUUUAACGCGGCCUUUAUUCAAGCCAUGACCAAGUUGGGCCGGGUCGGAGUCAAGACCGGUAGCAACGGGAACAUCCGACGCGAUUGUGGAGCUUUCAAUUAAAACACAGAAUUGAGAAUCCUCCUCCCCCUCUGGCCUCUGCUUCUAGUCUACGUCACACGUGUAUCUAGGCGACGACUCGGCGAUUCGAUUGAGUUGGAGCGAACGAGUUAAUAAAUGGAGGGACAUUUAUUCGCUUCCUUAGUUUGCCAUAGGAUUUGUUUCCAAAUGUAAUUAGGAUUCAAUUUCAAUAAGCGAGAGCCACGUCAUCAUAUGUUUCUUCAUAUAAUUGCAUUCAAAUUUUCAACUCU